AUGGCUUCUUCUACUCUCUUCAAGUUCCACUCAAAAACCUUCAAAGCCCCAAACCCAUCACCUCCUUCCUCAAACCAUCUUACGUCCAGAAUCUCGAAUCUUCAUUUCCCUAAAUCACUCUUACACCAUUCACGACAGCUCAACAAAACAUCCACCACCAGAACUCGUUUCUUGGUUCCUCUCUGUUCCUCUCUCCCUUCUCCUCCCAUCUCCAAAGAAGAAGCCAUUCUCCAAGCCAAGACUUGUCUCUCUUCUUGCCUCACCAAACCCCUCAACAACCCCAAGCUCGCUUCCCCCAAGCUCAAGAAACUCAAACAGCCACG